UCAUUUUCAAGUUUCACUUUGGGAAGAGACGGCAGGGAUUUUCAUGUAACAAAGAUGGUAAAUCUGAGCUUAGAUAUGAAUGAUAGUUAAGGGAAUUUUCAGAUAAUUGAUUGAAUCCUAACAAUGUCUAAUCCUUUUGGAACCCCCAAGGGAUUUGGAACAUCAUUUGGUUCACAAACAUCAAGCUCAGGCCAAACCCAACAAGGAUUGGGACAAGCAAAUCCAUUUGGUGGGACUUCUCCCUUUGGAUCACCAUUUGGACAAAGCACAGGGACAGUCUUUGGGAACCCUGCUUCAGGAUCAGGUAAUUUGACAUUUGGUCCACCAACAGGGGCUAAUGGCAUUGGAUUGGGGUCAUCUGGAUUUGGUCCUGGCACAAGUGGUACAGGUUUUGGAAGUAAUUCAGCAAACUCUGGAUUUGGAUCGUCAGGAGGAUUUGGUGGCAUCUCUACGGGUGCCGGAUUCAAAUCUGGAACAAGUGCUUUUGGUGAUGGAAAAGGCUUUGGAACUACAACUGAGAGUAGUGGUUUUGGAACAACAAAUCCAACCGUCACUGCAUUUGGUGGUGGAGGUUUCGGGACUGGACUUUCAGCAAGUGGGGGUUUUGGAACAACUGGUAAUGCAUUUGGAAGUGGAGGUUUUGGAGCUGGAUCUACUGGGUCAACUACAGGUGGGGCAUCAUUUGGAUCUGGUGGAUUUGGUUCAGGGUCUGUUGGGUCAACAACAGCUGGUGGAUUUGGGUCUGGGUCUGUUGGGUCAACAACAGCUGGUGGAUUUGGGUCUGGAUCAACAGGGGCAACUUCAACUGGAUUUGGGUCUGUGACCGGUUUUGGAAAGACAGUAGGGUUUGGUGCAGUAACUCAAGCAAGUAGUAACUUUGGAACAACAUUGAGCACCACAUCCUCAGGAUUCGGAACAACUGGAGAGUUUGGAAAAUCAACAGGUGGCCGGGCAUUAUUUGGUAACACAUCAACAUUUGAAGUUUCAAAUACGCAAGGAAGUGGAAACCAGCAGACACCAGGAACUGCUACUGGGAACACUUUGGUCUCACAAUCAAAACCUGGAGCAUUUGGUCCAAGCAGUGCUUUUUCAUCUCAGACAAGUGGAACAUAUAUCACUAUAACAUCCAAUACUAAUGAAGCAUUAGGAACAUCAAUAUCUGCGACCAGUGCUUUUGGAAAAUCACCAACAGGAGGUGGUGCAUUUGGAUCAGGCACAGGUGGAGCUUUUGGUGGAGCACCUUCCACUCAAAUAGGGACAUUUAGUGGAGUAUCCACAACAGCAGGUGGACUAUUUGGUACAUCCAAUCAAACAGGAGGUUCAUUUGUACAAGGAGGUACAAUGUUCAAGCCCUCUAUGCAAAUUAGUCAAGCAAGUCAGCAAUUUGGCGCAGGUGGUUCAGGAAGUUCUGCUUUGUUUGGCAAAAACACCAGAGGAGAGUCUGCUCAGAUGUUUGGAAAACCAGCAGCCACUUCUGAAGGAGCAGGAGCAUCCACCAGCGGCAUCCUUCACUCAGGAAGGCCUUCUCACGGAGAUACAAGCACGGGAUCGUCAGAGGAGAAGGGGAUGGGAGAGAUUAAAGACCUUACACCUCCAGCCUCCACAUUCAUUCUGAGAGGAUCUGCCCCAAACCCUAUACAGUCUGCUGCAGGUAUUGAGGCUAAACCAGGCAGUAAUACUACCAGCUCCAAGAAGAAUUUGUUCAGUAGAUCUGCAGAUGAAGGCGUGAGACAAGGUGCUCCUCAAACUUUGUUCGGUAAGGCUAUAGCUAGCACCAGGCAGAUGACGUGGAGACGCACCUCCGAUGGAGAAGAGGGACGGAAGUUGAAGAGAAGAUCUAGUGAUGAAACGGUAGAAGAUACGCAUGCCAAGAGGACGACCAUUGCCAGACGAAUGUCGGUUGUAGAGGACAAAGAUAAAGUUGCUAUAAUCUGCAAGAAUGUGCCACCUCGAUUCAACAACAUUCAGAAGCUGCGACAGCAUUUCUCAAAGUUUGGAGAUGUCGCGCGAGUUUUUCCCAAACCGGAGAGGGGAAUGGCCACCAUUCAUUUCAAAACCCAUGAAGCUGCCUUGGACGCCAAGAGAAGGGGAUCAGUCAUCAUGAAGGGAGAGAAGAGGAUGGAGAUCUUCUGGAGUUCUUAUUCUCCUGCGGGGAAACUGUUCGGUCGCAAAUCUUCUACUGAAGACACAAGUCCGUCCCAUGGACCAAUCAAAAGACAAGUCCAAGAGAAGGCUGGAGCCAGUCGCUUCAAGUGGAGAAGAAAUGACGUACAGGAUGAACUCGCCAGUAUGUCUGGUACCAGUGAUGUCGAUCAACAGCAGGUGCAGAGCCUCAUUCGCCCAGAGGAGGUCAAAGGUCAGCAGUCACAGCCGACUGAGCGAGCGGUGAGGCAUGCCAGCCCUGUUCCCAGUACAUCAAGUACUUCUUCAACACUGCCCACGAAAAUAGACAAAGGUUCCAUCAUCAGUCUGAAGAAUGCCAUUGCCAGAAACAAUUCGGACAAACUCCAGAUUCUCAAUUUGCGAGACAAAGUUAAUCGUCUUGGAUCGAAGAAACAAUCCAACCUGGCCACCGCCAAAGCGUUUGUCGGAACCUGUGCAGACAUGUGUCCCGAGAAAGAAAGAUAUGACCGGGAAGAGAAACGCAGGCUUCAUUCAUACGAGGUUUUACAGGGUACAGAAGGGACGGGCAAUCCUCAAGUGAACCACACACUGGCUGUGAAGGAAUACAGCAGGUCCUCAGCUGAUCAGGAGGAACCCCUGCCAUAUGAAUUGAGGGCACUUUCAACCCUGACUUUGACCAUGAACUACUUGUUGAGUGAAAUAGCUGACCGUGGAGAGGACGGAAAGUGGGGGGAUUGGUUUGACUUCCUGUGGAAUAGGACCCGAGGAAUUCGUAAGGAGAUCACCCAGCAGCAGUUCUGUACAACAGAGAGCACGGAGCUCCUGGAGAAGUGUGUCCGCUUCCACGUCUUCUGUGCGGAGCGGCUCUGCGAGGAGGACAUGCACUCGUUUGACGCCAAGAUCAACGAUGAAAAUAAGACCAAGUGUCUGCAGACUCUUAAGGAAAAUUACUCAGACCUGGAAAAGAAGCAGGUGUUCUGUAAGAAUGAGGCAGAGAUGAGGUGCUAUAUGGUGCUGAUGAAUCUCAAUGAGGGUGAUAUUCUCAGAGAAACACAGCAGUUACGACCUGAGAUACAGAACACGGCAUUCAUUAACUACGCCCUCAAAGUUUACGCAGCCCUCAACAGCAAUAACUUUGUACGGUUCUUCAGGCUGGUGAAGGGAGGCACCUUCCUCUGUUCAUGCAUCCUACACAGGUAUUUUACUCAAGUUAGAAAAAAGGCAUUACAGAUCCUGGUGAAAGCUCAUCGAAAAGGAGUGCAGCUGCCAUUGGAUGAUUUAGUAAGGACUCUGGCCUUCAAUGAUGAAAGUGAGGCGGCUCAGUUUUGCCAGUUCUUUGGACUGACCACAGUGGACAACUGUGUGACUCUGGACAAAUCUUUGUUUAUCGAACCUGAAGAAAACUGGUGCCCUCGACGAUCAGCUCUUAUUGAAAGUAAACGCAAUACAACUGUGGGUGAGGCAAUCAAUGGAGGACCAAUGCCAGCGUUCUCUUUACCAGAACCAGAGGUCAGCUUCGAUGCCAAUGGGAGAUUUAUUGGACAGAUCAUAGUCAAAGAAUCAGAUUUUGUGGAUUCUCCAAGAAAAGAAGCAGCCAAGGAUACUGCCGGCAGCCAUACGGUUCCUGACCAGGCAUUAGUCUCAAGGGAUAACCUAGUGACCUUCCAACCUAUUGCACCCCAGGUCAAGGUCACUUAUACUAACGAGGAUGUGAAAGAGACAGCCAAGUUUUUAUUCUGGAAUGUGAUUGACACCAUGUGUCUGGAGAUCGGACAGGAAGUGAAGCGUGACGUGAAUCAUCUGAUGGAGAUCUCACAAUCCAUGUGUGAUUCUGUCAUGUCAGAAGUGGUGGCAGAAUUUGUGACGUCAUUAGCCAAGCAAGCUGAGACAGAGGCAGAGAUACUGAGACAAAAACAGCAGAAAGCUGAAAGAGAGGCCAUGAUAAAUCGGUCAGCAGUGUUCUUGACCAGUGAGAUUCUGAAGGAAGUGCUGGACCAGGAGACAUUGAAUCUGUCCACGGCAGAAAUUAGGGAAGUUCAUGCAGAAUUAAAGAGACAACAAAUCCACAGGUGUUCGGCGGAGGUGGCAGAUGCCAUUCUGUACAUUAAUCUCCAGGACAUGAUUCAACCUAUAGCGGAGGAAGUUUACCAGAGAGACGUGGUAGAAAGGUUGCAACAGUUAGAUGGCAUUGAACACUGUGUCAAGGUCAAGAGAGCAGGUCGCUUUUUCCGAAUAUGGAAAGCCCAGAAUGCUGCUCGAAUCAAAUUCAAACGCUCCAUGCUUGACUUCCCUUCAGCAAACAGCAUGAUGGACCCAUCUCAACAGAUUGACACCCUCAUUCCAGAUAGACAGGUCGAUUGUGUGCAGGAGGAAGGAUUCUUUGUGAACCAGACAACAAAACUAUCCGUGGAGUCAACAAUGUUGUACGUGAAAAGAUCCGAGAUGGAAGAUAAAGUUCUAACAGCACAUGAAAUUUACAGAAAUCUCUGUCGUCAGAAAGCUUGGAAGCCAUUGAAUAUUGGUUCUGUUGUUGGAAGCCUGCUGUUGAAGAGAAAGAAUUCAUUUCUUAAAAAUACGACAUCCAACCAUUUGUUCUGGAAACUUGUGAUCUCUUUACCUGACCCAGACUGUGUGCAGACCGACCACCAAGGUCAGAGUUUAAGUCACCUGACCAGCUGGCUGAAGGCCAAGUUUCAGAGAGGAACCUCCAAAUCUCAACAACACUCUUCAAUACAGAAUGAACUACUGAGUUUGUACACUGUACCCGUGACACAUGAAUCAAUGUCGGGCAGUCUGGGGGUGUGUGUGAGGCUCCUGGAGGGUAAUAUAGCCAUCGAUGAUGUCCCAGGGUCCCUGACUGGAACCUCCGGCCUUCUUUUUGUGAUGCCACCACCCCUCAGUGAAGAUCCGGAGUGGCUUCUGUGGGAAGAAGAGAAAAGUAGAUUAGCAGAACUCAUAAGGAGCAAGCCGAUAUCCCCUCCUCUACCAUUGGUUGUCUUGUGCCCUGUUCCAGCCAAUGAAAAUGUAGAUGAGAAUUUUGUGCGGAGAUGUUUGAAUAUUGAGGAGUUGGUGAUGGAUGGGAAGUUGAGUGACUUGUCCUUGUGUAUUGUUAAAUAUGAUGAAGAUUUUCUGAACGGUGUGGAUGUGGGUGAUCCAGAGGUCACAGAUAAGGUAACAGAUAGUGUGAGAUGGCUGACGGAUCACUGCCCCGACCCCCCCAGUCUGACAGUACAACACUGUAGGACCGCGGUGGAGAGCGUUCUCCAGGAACAGUUCUACAGUCGAUUGUUGUAUAACCUGAAAAAAAGAAAGCUUGGCGGAUAUUUACACCAGGAUCCCGAGACUAUAAUAUCUUUGUACAAUGCCGUGAUUGUCCACUUACAACGCGUACUGACAUCACCAGAGCUGUCCCAGUAUUCAUGGCCAGUCAGAGAAUUCACUCAUUCCAAGAUGCAUUACUUACCUCCACCAUACUGGAACACAGACAAACACAUGGCAGUGAUCUCUGAACGCCUGGGUCGCCUUCAGCUGCCGAAUUUUAUAUAUAGUGCGUGUAGAGAGGAGGAAGAUGAUUGGUCGACAGUGUGUCGUGAUGUUUGGGCUUUUGUCCAGAGAGUCAUUGAUGGAUUUCCGACGUCUCAUUGUGUGGACUUUACAUCUAAGAUAAGGAUACUUUUGCGUCAAACACGUCAGGAAUUUGAAGACACGUGUGACCUUUGUACUGGGGUCAGUCAGUGUAACCCAACAUACAUCAACAUGCCCUGGACUGACGUCAUCAUGACCUGUGUCGAGUUCAAGGUCACUGGAGUCGACUUCACCGACCCUAAUUCUGAGACUGGAGUGGAGGAGUUGAUGGUUGUGUGUGAUCAGGACGUCCUCUCUAACUUCAGCCCUCCUACUGAUUGGCGUUAUCUAGAGAAUGACCAGGACAGAGAAGAGACUGUUUCUUUGGAGAAGACAUUUUACAGAGCAGCCGUCAAGGAGUGGACCCAGAGAAAAAGUCUUGGGAAUAUUAAAACAAAGGCAUCCAAGGCCCACCACAAAAGAAGGCCGAAUACUGUGGACCCGCUUCCUAGAACAGUGCACGAAACCAAUCAGACAAUUGCUCUACUGUCGACAAGUAUUGAGGAAGAAAAGCUCCAAUCCAGAAAGUAUGAAAAGUACCUAGAAAGUUUGGUAGAUGGAACAGACAUGGAUCACACAGACAUCGCAAAUAUCACAAAUCUGCCUCCACUGAGCAUGUCCGAACAAAGGGAGGAAGUGAGUGUGAUGUCCCAGAAUUCCUUGUGGGACUCGGUGUGUGACCCCGAGGUCAGUGUGUGGAGAUAUGGACGAUGCAGCCUGGACAAUACUCUCAAUCAGCCUCAGAUCUCAGAACAGUUUGUACAACUUGAGGAGGAUCUAAAGAGUCAGAGGAGAUUUAGUGAUGUGUUUGAAUUACAACUUCAGAGGUGGAUCCAAGAGGGUGUAUAACACUGCUCUCUAGACACAUUGAGAGAGAUUGAAGUCAUCUCACAUUCUUAAGGCUUUCAUUUACACUUUAUAUUUGUAAAACAGCAGUAUUUUCUUUAAGAAAUAAAUGGGUUCUGUAUAUAUUGUUUGAAUUUACAGAGCAGUUGUCAAUGUGUAAAUGAAGAUGUGUGGAUAAUCUCCAUUUUUAUGACCUCGUAAUCUGAGAUUUUGGGGACAUAUAGUUUAUGGCCUGUCUGUUUGUCCACGAAAAUUUUAACCUUAACCAUAACUUCUGAAUGGGUGGUGAUAGGGCUUUCAUAUUUCAUAUGUAUAUUGCUUGAGACAAGAGCUUUGGUUUGGUAAUGAAAAUUUUGACCUACUGACUUCACCUUUGGAGUUUGACUUACAUUUGAAAAACUUUCACCUUGGCCAUAACUUUGGAGUGAUUAGUGAUUGGGCUUUCAUAUUUCACUUGUGUAUUCCUUUUGACAUGACCUUUUGGUACCAAAUCUGUUGUCUUCUUUACCUUGACCAGGGAAUUUGACCUACUUUUGACAAACUUUAAUGUAGUUCAUAACUUUUAAAUGAUUAAGGAUAGGAGUUUUCAUAUUUCGUAUGUUUUUUCCUUGUAACAAGACCUUUCUUUGGGUACCAUAAAUAGUUUGCUUCCAUAUGGGGGCAUCAGUGUUUCACAAACGUAUCUUGUUUUUACAUUAAUCUAUGAUUGUAAAUGAAAUGAAGAAAGUACGAUUAAAAUGAAAGGAGAUAUUUUUA